AUGGCGAAAAUUUACAAAGACUCAAGGGUCGACCUUCGGCCCUACUCGCCGACUACGGUCGCCAACAUCCAGAUUCCGACUCAAGAGACCGCGAUCCGUCGUCCACGCUUUUCGAUCUCAUCCUCCGACCAGGAACUCCCAAUCGCCAAAGAUGAAGAUGAAUUCGCCAGACGUCACCUUGCGACACAGGGUGAGAUCUACUUUCGGAAGCGCAGGGUCUAUCCGAGGACAUUCUUAUGGAGGGUCAUCAACGACAACAAAGUGCUAGAGAUCCAGUGCGCGGACCUGACGAAGGGUGGGAUGGAAGUUUACGAAUACAAUGUGACCUUGCGACUGGAUUUCCAGGAGCAGAUUCUCCCGUUUGGAGUUGAAUUGUCCGACUCCGAGGAUCACGAACUCAUCAAUGUCUUUGUGAUCACCGCCUCCAAGCACCUUCACACCCUGUCUCUACGCCCUGAAUUCUUCCGCAGGACCUCCUCAAUCGAUGAAAAUGUGAGGGAUUGGUGCAAGACCUGCCUCCCGGCUCCUUUGGCUUUUUCGAACCCCCACCGACUACACGCGAGCAGUCCCCUGGAGUUGUUCAUCUCUCUCGACAAUGGCGCGCUCCUGCGGCUGACCCGGAGAGCGGGUGACGAUGGUUCCCACUGGUCUCCUCUCACUUUCGACGAACGAACAUGGGGCUCUUCGAUUCGAGGCCUCGUCAAAUGGAACGCACCCUCCUCGAUCAAGCACGACGGACGCAACCUCGAUUUGAAUGUCGCAAAUGCCAUUGCCACUACCUCCGAUGAGACGUACGUUUUCGCCAUUUGUUUGAACCACACUCUUAAGAUUUGGAAUCUCGCGACGAACAAGCUGGCGGCCACAAAGGAUCUCCUGGGACGCUCGCUUCAGGAUCCGGAUCUUGUACCUUACACGCUCAACCCCGCCGAGACAUCGUUCAUGCGCGUCUUCAACGCUGAGCGAGCUAUGGAUGGUGGGCAUCGCUUCUAUGUCGUCACAUAUUCGCCAUUUGAGGACGGCAAGUUCAAGUUUUGGGCUGUCAAGGGUGGCCUGACAUCGGAACUCAUUAUUGAGGAACUCUUCGCAGACGAUGUCUUCCGACCUGUGGACCCGGAUGCUACGGGUAACAUGUUCUGGAACAUCGCUGAUUUCCAGGUCAAAUCCCGGGAAGAAGGCAAGGGAAUGGAGUUGUGGGUGCUCUGGAGAAACCACGGUCUUUACCAGCUCUACACCCUCCAUUUCAAUCUCCAAACUCUAGUCACGGAUUGGGCCUCCAACUGGGUCUCGACAACAUUCGAAACCCAUCGACAAGAACUGCCUCCACCUUUGGUCGUGGAUGAUGUGGUGGACCCCACUGAAAAGUGGCUACAGUAUCUCCUGCAGCCGAAUAGAUAUCUGCCAGAAGUUCUUGAGACUGCUCUGGCCGUUUACCAGGAGGCCAUCAAGCCACUCUCGUCGACUUCGUCUGGAGGGCUGAAAAAGAGUUUGCCUUUGGCGGAACAACUUUGCUCUACAAUAGCAGCGGCAGUCUCUCUCCGCAAAUUUGCUGAUGAGGAGAUGGACUACUCCCGGUAUACUUCAGAUACAGAUUCAAAGUGGCGUCAGUUCUGGCAAGUUGCGGAAGACCUUAACAAACGCCGGUUCGAACCAAUUUCUCUCGCCUACGACUCAUUCACCGAUAUGCCGUGGCUCCUUCUGUCAGACUCCUGCGCUGUGGUGCGGGAAUGCAGUAUUACUGAAUUGUUCUUGCACAACUCAAGCUCCGAACUUAGCGAUGGAGUGCCAAAGAUGGUGGACCGCUGGAGACAUCGCAAUGUUUCAAGAGAGCUGGGCCCGAAUUUCGAAACAGCCUCUGGAUUGUUGAAAGUCGCAUCCGAUUUCCGGAAAAGAUUCUCCCCAGAGCUUGAGGGAGCGUGCCGAGCCGCCCUCCAGGCCGAAAUAUUUUCUGAGCCUUCUUCGUCGAUCCUGGACCGCAUGGAGAACUUCCGAGAGCGCUCUGAUUUUGCCAAUCAAAUUUCCAACAAAUCCUUUGACACCCUAGACGCGGCCUUGAGUGAACACAUGAGAACCGAUUGCCUGUCCAUGGAUGCUUUCCUUGCCAUUAUCCAGACCGCCUCCCUUCACUUCUGCGGAGAAGACUCGGAACUUGCUUCAACUUGUUUUGGUGCCCGAGUUCUUGUCAGUGGUGCACAGGAAACUAUUUCUAUCUCUCGUCAAAUCUUUUUCGAUCUCCUCAUCCUGGUUACAUUCGUGGAUGGUGAAUGGGAACAAACAAGCAAGUCUGACUUCGAUGCGUCCGACCUUUUCUCGAUGCUUGUUGAUCUCCUGCGGGAAUAUGAGAUGAUGGCCUGGCUCAGCUCGAAUGUCCGCAAAUGCCCCGAUAGCGCAAGCAAAUCCCGUGUCGACCCAAUGCAGAGAUAUCCACUGAAAGACAGCUCGAAGACCAGCAGCCAACGAACUGCAAGCAUUCUGGAGGAUCUGUUCGUUACCGACAUCAAGCCCCAGCAAGCGAUUGACUCCCCACAAAGCUAUACCUUGACACUGGGGAUCCGAGAUGUUGUGGCCUGGAUUACCCGCGAAGGUGAGGUGAACUAUCAAAACGCAGUGGCCCACAUCCAGUGUGACCUGAUCGCCAAGAACAACAUUGAUCUUGCAUGGGACUUCCUUCGUUUCCAGGCAAGCACUUCCUGGUCAACGUAUGUCAAGGGUCGCUUGCAUGUGGCUAUGUCGGAAUUUGAUACUGCAGCAAUCUACUUCCGGAAGGCAGCUUACCUGCUCUCUUGCGGCAAGCCAAUGGGCAAUCUUUCCGACAUGUCGGCAGAGCUUUUAGACCUCCUUGAUGUUGACUGCUUCCACAACGGUCUCGCGAAAUACUACCAGCACAUCCUUUCAAUUUUCGAAAAAGUGCGCUCAUACUCCCAUGUCGCGGACUUUGCCAGCCUGGCGCUGCAAGCCCUUGACUCCGAAGUUUGGGCUGAGCAAGACUCCGAAUACCCGACCGUACGCGACGAUCUGUUGUCUCGUUUGUUUACUGGAGCCCUCAAGACUUGCCAGUUUGACCAGGCAUACUCCGCUCUGGCUAGGUUGCAGGAUCUUAAAUUACAAAGAACCGAGCUUUCCGAACUCAUCUCCACCAUCCUGGCAGUAUCCGGGCCCGGCACUGCUGGACUUAAGCAGAUUCUCCGUUUCCCCACCUCACUCGUGCCCAACAUCGCAUCUUUCAUCGACGAGAUCCUCGUUCACCUGACCCGCAAACAGACCACCAAUGUAUCCUGGUUAGAUGCAGACAACAAAAUUUUCCCCGCCACCCCCGACUACACCCGCAUUCUCCAGGCCUAUCGCAUUGCCCGCAGUGACUACCGUGGCGCCGCGGAAAUCGCCUACCGCAAUGUCCAGCGCCUCCGCAAAGCACGAGAUGCCCCGUCAUCGGCCCUCACUCUCAAGGGCAGGGAAGCUGACGAUGCAGCCCGCUCGCCAGUUGAGGAAGACGAUGCUGAAAGCAAGGAAAUUCGCCACGAGUUGUUGUCACUAAUCAACCUUCUCGCUUGUGUCGACAAAAGUGAAGCAUACAUCCUCGUUGAGAACGGACCUCCAAUCAGCGCCGCUCCCGUUUCUCCCCAUGAAAGACGCCCAAGCACACAAGCCGAUGAAGACGGAAAUGUCUCCAUGGAGGACGUCGACGCCGCCUCCCCCACACCACUCGGAGGCAAGCGCCGACCAUCCAAUGCCGUGGCUUUCGCACCCACCCACGGCAGAGGAAGCAGCAAAUCUUCCGCCAUCGAACGGCGUAACAGCAUUGUGUCCUUCGAAGUCCCUGCGACCAACCACUUGCUUAAGCGUCGUAUUAUCGUCACGCUCGAGCAUUUGCGUCGUGAAUUCCAGUCUGAGCUCGACCGCGUCAGUCGGAUUGAGCGUGGAGACUGGGAAUUUGGUCUUGAUGAAGAGAAGGAUGUGGAUAAUGAUGAAACGAUGGUUCUGUAG